CAUUACUGCUUCUAGUGGGGGAGUUUCUUCGUCCUCUGACCUCCCUGUCAAAAGGUUCUCUUUUUGAAACCGAUACUUCUACAAGUAUAAUUUUUCAAUCUGCUACAAAACUCUUACCUUCUUUACUUUCUGCACAGAUUUUCUUUACUUCUGUUCUGUUCUUUUGGUUAGUUGGACUUGUGAUUCUAAAAAACAUAUGAAAAUGCUGCUGAGAAGCUCAUCAACACCAAUCUUAAACUCGUGGUUACCUCACUCGAAAGACUGUUCAUCACCAGAGCCAGACUUUCCAAAUCUCCAAAGAAACAGAUCAGUCUACUCUCCUUCUCCCUUAGAUGACCACAAGCAAAAACUAACACAAACCUUGGCUGAUAUCAGUAUCCAAAAUGGUACACCGAAACCAAGAAAAAAGAAGGACAAAGCCAUAAUACCAACAUCUCACUCUGUUGACAAACAUGCAAAGCAAGAAAGUGAUCAAGUCAAAGAGUCAAAACCCAACUCUUGCUCAAUCCGAAGACUGUUUUCAAGUUCUGGGUUGGGAGAAAAAAUAGUGGAUGAAGAUGGCGAAGACAGUAUUGUGAUGCAGACACCAGUGAUGGGUGGUGGAGCAGGAAAUGAUGGUGGUAAAAUCUGUGGUGGUGGUGGAAGAGGAGGAGGGUCAGACGCUGGAGAUGAUGGCGGUGUCUCAGGGUGCUUUGAGAGCAAUAAUCAUGGGAGUGAUAGCACUGAUGUCUACUAUCAGAAGAUGAUUGAAGCAAAUCCUGGCAAUCCGCUUUUGCUUGGGAAUUAUGCCAAGUUUUUAAAAGAGAUUAGAGGAGAUUUUGCGAAAGCAGAGGAGUACUGCGGAAGAGCAAUUCUGAUGAAUCCAGAUGAUGGGAAUGUUUUGUCUCUCUAUGCUGAUCUAAUUUGGCAAAACCAAAAGGAUGCUCAUAGAGCCAAAAGUUACUUUGAUCGAGCUGUUAAAACUGCCCCGGAUGACUGUUUUGUCCUGGCUUCAUAUGCAAAAUUUCUUUGGGAUGCUGAAGAACUAGAAGAGGAAGAAGAAGAGCAUGACCAGAGCAGACAAGAAACUGAGCACAGCAGUAUAUCUCAUCCAGAUUUCUUCCUUCGACCUCCUCACAACCCUCCCAUAACUGCAGCUUCCUAACUUAUGUAUGUACAAAAGCUUUGACUUAGUAGGUUAGCUAGAGAAUGAAGUAGAUGCGGAUAUCUUUGUUCUUUUCCCGACUGUAUCUUGCAAGAAUAGUUCUGCCUAAAAAAACAAUAAAAGUAUACUUUUGUAUUAGUGAAAAGAGGAUAUUUUCUGGAAAUAUGAGGCUAUGAGCUUGUUGAGUAUCUGUAUUCCUCAAGGCACAAGAAAUGAUCUUUUU